AUGGCGUUGCAUUGGGACCAGACACCCCAGAGACAGGGUCUCUAUGACCCGACAUAUGAGUCGGAUGCGUGCGGAGUUGGUGCCGUCAUGGAUAUGGGCAAGACACCCUCCCGCAAGACGCUCACGGAUGCCCGAGACAUGGUGGUUCGCAUGACGCACCGCGGCGCCAAGCAAGCCCAUGAGGAUGACGGCGACGGCGUGGGGAUCAUGAUCUCUAUCCCGGACGAAUAUUACCGAACCUGCUGCACGUUUACCUUGCCUGAAGCUGGCAGCUACGGCGUUGGAAACCUCUUCAUGCCGCCCCAGGAGGAGAAGAGAGAGGAUUCCAAAAAGCUCGUCGAGCGCAUGGCGCGGAAGUUGGGCCUCCAGGUCAUCGGCUGGAGAGCGCCGCUACCCGUCAAUUCCCUCGUUCUGGGCCCGUACGCCCGGACGACGGAGCCCUUCAUCGCUCAGGUUUACGUGACACUUGCAGAGGACGAUGCGCCAGACUCUGCCGCAGAGGAGAAGCUCAGCAAAUCCCCCGGCAAGAAAACAGGUCCGGCCAAGAUCUCUUCCCAGCAGUUCGCAGGUCUCAACCUGGAGACGCGCCUUUUCCUCCUCCGCCGCGCCGUCGCGCUGCGCGACCGCGAGGUCUUUGUGUGCUCCCUGUCUUCCCGCACGAUUGUGUACAAGGGCCAGUUCAAGCCCGACCAACUUUUCGAGUACUACUUGGACCUCAAGGCGGAGAAGUGCACAGCCUUCUUGGCAAUCGUGCACUCGCGUUUCUCGACGAACUCCUUCCCGUCUUGGAACCGUGCCCACCCUUUCCGACGCAUUGCCCACAACGGCGAGAUCAACACUCUAGCAGGCAACCGCAACUCCAUCCGCACCCGGGAGGCGUUGAUGAACGACACCACAGCCUUUGGUGGUGCGCAGCUGGAUGCUUUCUUCCCCGUGGACGAGGAUAUCGGCAGCGACUCGGCGUUGCUGGAUAAUGUCGUGGAGCUCCUGCUAGCCGCAGGCACCCGCGAGCUCGCGGAGGUCAUUAUGAUGGUGAUCCCGGAAGCUUGGCAGAACGCCGAUCGCAUGGAGCCCGAGAAGAAAGCUUUCUACAAGUACCUGUCCUGCGUCAUGGAGCCUUGGGACGGCCCUGCAUUGGUUUGCUUCACCGAUGGUAUCCAGUUCGGCGCCACGCUGGAUCGAAAUGGCCUCCGCCCAGGCCGCUUCUACAUCACCAAGGACAAGCGGCUGAUUCUCGCCUCCGAGGUAGGAGUUGUGGAUGUCCCACAGGAGGAGGUGCAGUUCAAAGGACGUCUUCGGCCAGGCCGCAUGCUCUUGGUGGACUUCAGCGAGGGGAAGCUCAUCGAGGACAACGAGCUGAAGAUGCGCUACGCGAAGAAGCAGCCCUACGCUGACUUCCUGAAGACUCACAGCAUCGAGAUCAAGGACCGACUGGGUCCGGAGCCCAAGACGGACGCGGCGCUCAUCGAGGAGCUGCUCGAUGAGGAGCCCGGCAGCUUCGAUGCCUCGGACACCACCUUGGUGAACAAAAGGGUGCUGCCUCUGCUCACCUACACCGGCUACACCUACGAGAAGGUGGAGAUGCUCCUGGCUCCCAUGGUGAAGACCGGCGCCGAGCCUCUGGGAUCCAUGGGCUCCGAUGUGGCCCUGGCCUGUAUGUCCCGGAUGCCUCGCCAGCCUUUCGACUACUUCUUCCAGCUCUUUGCGCAGGCCACGAAUCCCCCGAUUGAUCCGAUCCGCGAGGCCAACGUGAUGUCCUUGACGUGCCCAGUCGGCCCGGAGAGGGGCCUCCUGCAACCCUCCCCGGAGGCCUGCCGACGUGUCUUCCUGGACUCCCCGAUCCUCUGCCCGCGCCGCUACAACGCUCUCUUCGGUCUGGAGGCUGACGGCAUCUCGGAU